AUGACCUGGAAGGAGAAGUCUAUAGCCUUAUUUGUCAAACUUCUAUCGGGAUUCUUACUACCAGUACCGGGAUCCUUACUACCAACCAGUAUCGGGAUCCUUACUACCAACCAGUAUCGGGAUCCUUACUACCAGUAUCAGGAUCCUUACUACCAGUAUCGGGAUAGUUACUACCAGUGCAGGAAUCCUUACUACCAAACAAUAUCGGGAUCCUUACUAUCAGUGCCGGGAUCCUUACUACCAACCAGUAUCGGGAUCCUUACUACCAGUACCGGGAUCAUUACUACCAAGCAGUAUCUGGAUCCUUACUACCAGUAUCGGGAUCCUUACUACCAGUGCCGGGAUCCUUACUACCAACCAGUAUCGGGAUCCUUACUACCAGUGCCGGGAUCCUUACUACCAACCAGUAUCGGUAUCCUUACUACCAGUAUCGGGAUCCUUACUACCACUGCCGGGAUCCUUACUACCAACCAGUGCCGAGAUCAUUACUACCAGUGCCGGGAUCCUUACUACCAACCAGUAUCGGUAUCCUUACUACCAGUGCCGGGAUUCUUACUACCAACCAGUAUCGGGAUCCUUACUACCAGUAUCGGGAUCCUUACUACCAGUGUCGGGAUCCUUACUACCAAGCAGUAUCUGGAUCCUUACUACCAGUGCCGGGAUCCUUACUACCAACCAGUGCCGGGAUCCUUACUACCAACCAGUAUCGGGAUCCUUACUACCAGUGCCGGGAUCCUUACUACCAGUCGGCUGUGGCAACCAGAUAAAGAUGCUGCAGCCGACUGUUAUAUAGAAAUGUUUAUUUCACUCACUCUCUCUCUCCGUUCAUCUCUCUCUCUCUCCAUUCAUCUCUCUCUCCAUUCAUCUCUCCCUCUAUCUCCCCUCAUCUUUUUCCACUCAUCUCUCCCCACUCAUCUUUCUCUCUCUUCAUUCAUCUCUCCCUCUCUCUCUACUCAUCUCUUUCUCUCUCUCUCCCCUCAUCUCUCGCCACUCAUCUCUCGCCACUCAUCUCUCGCCAUCUCUCUCCCUCUCUCUGCUCAUCUCUCCCCCCUCUCUAUUUCCCAUUCUUCACUCCAUCUUUCCACUCAUCUCUCUCCCUCUCUCCCUCUCUCUCUCCACUCAUUUCUCUCUUCCUCUCUCUCCUUCUCUCCACUUAUCUCACACUCCAUCUCUCUCCCUCUCUCCACUCAUCUCUCUCCCUCACUCCACACAUCUCUCUCCCCCACUUUCCACUCAUCUCUCCCUCCCCACUCAUUUCUCUCUCUCCACUCAUUUCUCUCUUCCUCUCUCUUCUUCUCUCCACUCAUCUCACAUUCCAUCUCUCUCCCUCUAUCCACUCAUCUCUCUCCCUCUCUCUCCCUCACUCCACUCAUCUCUCUCUCCACUCAUCUCUCUCUCCCACUUUCCACUCAUCUCUCUCCCUCUCUCUCUCCCCACUCAUUUCUCUCUUCCUCUCUCUUCUUCUCUCCACUCAUCUCACACUCCAUCUCUCUCCCUCUCUCCACUCAUCUCUCUCCCUCUCUCCACUCAUCUCUCCCUCUCUCUCCCUCACUCCACUCAUCUCUCUCUCCCACUUUCCACUCAUCUCUCUCCCUCUCCCUCUCCCCACUCAUUUCUCACUUUCUCUCUCUUCUUCUCUCCACUCAUCUCACACUCCAUCUCUCUCCCUCUCUCCACUCAUCUUUCUCUCCUUCUCUCCACUCAAUUCUCUCUCUCUCUCUAUCUAUCUAUCUAUCUAUCUCUCACCCCUCUCUCUCUCUCUCUCUCUCCCCACUCAUCUGCGAAUAUUUUUGUGGUUGGUGA